AUGGCUAAAUAAGGUUGGGGUUUUUCAGGAAACAAUGUCAAGUUGAACACAAACAAUCGUGUGGAAAAGAAGUUGAACAUCUGGGAAACAGCUGGAAAAGCAGAUGAUAUAUAGUAUAUUCCUGAUGCUGAAGAGGAAAAAAAACCUUAAAAUCAGAUUUCAGAUGCAGGAGUUGUUCUAGGAUAAAAAUUAUAGAAUAUUAAUGAAUUGUAGAAUUUAGCUAAAAUAUCAUCGUUGCCUUAACCAGCUGAUGACAUUGAUUUUAGUAUUUUAACAUAAGUAUUGAGACCGGUUGAAGAAGUAUAAGAGAUAGAUGAAUAAUGGGAAUUUUCAAAAUUAAAAACUGAAAUGCAAGAAAUAGUCAAUAAGCUCUACAGCAAUAAAAUAAAUUCUUGA